AUCAUCCCCCUCUUAGCAAAAGAGACCCCGUUAAUUGUUGGUGUAUGUAAACCCAGAAAACAUUGUGGUCCCUAUAAGAUAAUAAUAAUAAUAAUAAUAAUUUUUUUUCCAAUUUAAGGAUAUUCAAACACUAAAACAGAGCAGUUUAGUCCUUUGACCUAACCUUUAGCUUCACACUAUAAAACAUUGAUUCUAUGCCCAAAAUAUUUCACCACAAAAUAUACAUGUGUCUUGCGAUCCAUUGAAAUCACAACACAAUCAUACACAACCCUCGGUGGCCUUAGCCUUUUCCCACCACCAUAAAUACCAAGCUCUCAUCUCUUUUGCGAUCAGGCAGUGAUCAUUCAGGUACAAAAACUUCAAGCUAGACAAUCAAAUCCACCUGACGUCAUAAAUCAUUUUCUCACAAACCAAACAGUUUUUUUUUUUUUUUUUUCCUUUUUCCGCCUGGUGUAAAUAUUUUGAGAAGUAGGAAGCUAAUACGAGAUCAGCUAGCUUUGCAUAUAUACCUAGAGACAAAACCCAUCUCACAAUUAUUUUUAACUUUUUGCUAGCUAGCAUCUCUCUGUCUCUGGUUUUUCUCUCCUCUCUUUCUCUACAGCAAGAAGCUCUUGUGCCUGCCAGUGCCAGGCCAUUUUUAUUUCAACAAGUCGCCGCGUUUUUCUAAAGGUUUCUAUUAAUUACAAUGAGAAUUUUCAUGCCUGCCUGCAAGCAAGGACAGCCUAUGGUGAGCUUCCAAGGCCCUCCUGGCUUGCCCAGCAUCAACAUGGAUCCUUUUUUCCGGCGAAAAGAUAAGGUUGUUUUUGUAAUGGGAGCCACCGGGACUGGCAAGUCCAGGCUUGCCAUAGACCUCGCAACCUUUCACCGUGCUGAGAUUAUAAACUCGGACAAAAUGCAAGUCUACAAGGGCUUGGACAUCGUCACCAACAAAGUCACUGAAGAGGAGUGUAGAGGCAUACCUCAUCACUUGCUUGGACAAAUAGAUCCAAACUUCAACUUCACAGCCAAUGAUUUCAAGCAGCAUGCAUCCUUGGCUAUCGAAUCGAUCUUGGAGCGCGACAGGCUCCCCAUCAUCGCCGGUGGCUCGAAUUCCUACAUCGAAGCUCUGGUGGACGACCACCCCGAGUUCAGAAUGAAGUACGAGUGUUGCUUUAUAUGGGUAGAUGUGGCGCUGCCGGUGCUCAACUCUUUUGUAUCGGAGAGAGUGGAUCGGAUGGUGAAGGCGGGUUUGGUGGAUGAGGUGAGGAGAAUGUUCGAUUCCACUGCUGAAGCAGAAUAUACUCACGGAAUCAGGAAGGCUAUAGGCAUGCCUGAAUUGGAUGAGUAUUUGCGGAGCGAGGCUUGUGGUAUCAACGAUGAGGAAACGCAAGAGAGGCUUCUUCAAACAGCUAUUUCUAAAAUUAAAGAAAACACUUGCAUUUUGGCACACCGCCAAUUGAAAAAGAUUCGUCGGCUCUGCAGCCGACGAAACUGGAACAUGCAUCGCCUCGACGCCACAGAAGUAUUCUUAAAGCACCGCGUGGAGGCUGAUCAAGCAUGGGAAAAACACGUGGCAAGACCCGCCAAGAGGAUGGUUGGUAACUUCCUUGUAGACCCAAUGCCCACAAUUCUUCCAUCCGACACUCUUGCCACCGCUACCACCACUACCACCACUACCGUUCUUGCCACAUCUAUGCCCGCCGUCGCCACCGCAACCCGUUAGAUGGAGGGAUUAGGCUCUGGCUCCAUUCGACAUGACCCCACGUGGCAGGCUGCAGCUUUUUUAUUUUUCUUUCUUUCUCAAUUCGUUCUCAUCUUUAUCAUCGGCUGUGACUCUAUGGUAAAAAAAAAAAAAAAACAAACAAACAAACAAAAGAGAAAUCAGAAAAAGAACAAAAAGAAAAGAUACAGUUACGGUGAGAGGUCGUUGUCAGGUGGUUAAGUUUGCCUUUUUACAUUGGGUGGCCGUACAGUUGGAAGCAUUUUAGAUAUCCGUGCUGGGUGGCUGCUGCUUUAAAAAGUCGGAAAAAGUUCUCUGCUUGCACGCUCUCGCUAUGCCUUCUUCCCUUCACCUUUCUGUGGAGUCCGUCCGUACUGCGCUGUGCGGUGCGCCUGCAAAUCAAUCAUCCAUCAUAAAUAAUCAAUCAUGAGAAUUGAUGGUAUAGUAAAAAGAGACUGUGGGGUGCAUCCAUAUAUUUGAGUGAGAGUCGUCCAAUAAGCUUUGGGCCCCAUUUCUUGUGUAAUGUAUAUGAGUCAGCAGAGAGAGAGGUGGUUGUUUUUUUUUUUUGGGGCCUUUUUCAUUGUGUGCCGUACGUCUUUUUGACAUGAACUCUUCCCUUCUAUCUCUCUCCUUUUCUUUUUCAAUUGUAUAUUUCUAAUUUGCUAUGGUAUAUAUGAGAUUGGGGAUUUGGGAAUUUCCAAA